AUGGCUACAGAACUUGAAGAGCUCGUGGGGUUCAUUGCCAAUCCGAAGCCCACUAUCCGCAAAGUGGCUCUGAAGAAUCUUGAACCAUUUUCUACUGAGAAGCCUUCAAUCUUCAAGACACAGGAUCUUACUCCAAUUAAACAUCUCAAGUUCCUGAUUCGAGACCACCCUGAAAUCGCCCAGCAUGCCAUCACCAUUCUAAUCAACCUGACGGCAACUGAGGAUAAGAUAAUUCUUGAGAAUGUAGCCACAGAUGACAGGUUUCUCGGCAUCCUUUUUGGGCUCUUGGUAGACCCUGAAGAACCAAAUGCCGACCUCCUUGCGAUGUUGCUGGCAAACCUUUCCAAGUGGGAUGGCCUCAAAGGCAUUGUUAACCGUACCCAAGACCCGCCAGCCCGUUUACAGUCCGACAAGCUGGUCCUGAAUCAGCUUCUCGAUCUCUUCGUCAAGGGUAUGGACAAGUCCUACAACAAAAAUGCCAAUUUCGACUACCUCUCGUACGUCUUUGCCGAUCUCUCCAAACACCAGGAGAUUCGUGAAUUCUUUUUGAAGCGGCAGGACUAUGACGAUGUGGUACCCCUCAAUAAGAUUAAGGUCUUCACCGAGCAUCAGUCCGACAUCCGACGCAAAGGUGUGGCCAGUACGAUCAAGAACGUCGCUUUCGACGUGCCUUCGCACUCCGCCUUUCUUGACGAAGAUCAGAUCAAUAUCCUUCCGUACAUCUUGCUACCGAUUACUGGCAACGAGCAAUAUGACGAGGACGAAACCUUGGCGAUGCUUCCGGACCUCCAGUUCUUGCCCCCGGACAAGCAGCGGGAUUCUGAUAACAGCAUCAUUCAGACGCACAUUGAGACCCUGAUUCUGCUGACAACCACGCGGGAAGGGCGCGACCUGAUGAGGAAAGUCAGCGUAUAUCCAAUCAUUAGAGAAACACAUCUGAGAGUGGACGAUGAUGGUGUCCGAGAGGCUUGCGAAAGGCUCGUCCAAGUGUUGAUGAGAGACGAAGCCGAGGAGGGGACAGAGGACAAUGAUGACAACAGGAUAGUUGAAGUGUAA